AUGGCUCUGAAUAAGACCACGCCAUAUGUCCUAAAGGAUACGUACCAGUAUCACGAUGGCUUAGGAAACUUCAUCCAGUCUGAGACAUACCCGGGUGCUGUACCUUUGGUCAACAACCACCCCCAGUUCCCCCCUUUUGGAACACGCUCGGAGAAGAUAUCUGGAACCUCAUUCGUUGGUCCCCGACACAGGAACUUGCAUACAUAUCUAUAUCGUGUGCGACCGGCCUUUUUCCACGACGAAUAUACACCAUACAACCAUCAUCUCGAAACUGCGAACCCAUCUCCUGCCAAACAUCUGACGCCGAAUUCAUACAACUGGCCGAAGUUCCAGUUCGCCCUUGAUCAGGAUUCCGACUGGACAGAACAACGUCUGCUCGGCAGCAAUGGAGAUCCUGCCAAAAAAGAGGGCGUUUCCAUCUGGGUCUUCAACAUCAACAAGGACAUGGAGCCAAACACUGUUUUCAUGAGUUUAGAUGGCGAGGCUCUGAUUGUUCCAUCAGUAGGCGCACUGGACAUCCAAACCGAGCUUGGAAAGCUUCUUGUCAGGCAGAACGAAUUCGCCGUCAUCCCGCGGGGUGUCAAAUACCGAGUGACACUUCCUGAAGGAAAGCCUGCUAGGGGAGUAACGCUUGAACUCUACCAAGGCCACUUUCAGCUGCCAGAGAUGGGCAUUAUUGGAUCCACUGGGCUGGCACACCAACGGGACUUCCAGAUUCCCGUGGCGUACUUCGAUGGACAGUUCGUGGAAGACAAGAACUCGCGCGACGGUAUCGUCGCAAAGGCCAACAAUGGGCCUGCUUGGACUAUUAUCGCUCGCCUCAACUACCAACUCUGGAGACUACUCCCGUUUGAUGUUACAGGCUGGCAAGGCAACCUUUACCCGUACAAGUACGACGUUGCUCGCUUCAGCUACCUUGGAAACCUGUGCUGGGAUCAUCACGAUCCUUCGCUUUUCGUUAUCCUCACAGCACCAGCAUACGGCAAAGCCCCUGGCACGGCUGUUGUGGAUUUCGCCGCUGUGGGACCCCACUGGGAGGCAUCGGAGGAUACUCCAUGGGUGCCGUGGUACCACCGCAACACGAUGCAGGAAUUCGUCUUCCCCAUAAUCAAUAACACGGACCCCAAGUUUCCGUUUAAUCAGGGUCGUGAUUGGGCCCCGUUCGGUGCGUGGCUCAAUGGGUCUAUGAUACCCCACGGGGAGAAUGACGAAGAGUACAAGCACUGGCAGGAAAAGGACACAUCUAGACCUGGCAGGCUGCAGGACGACGGCAUCACCGCCGGUGUUAUUGAAACCGAAAGCCCUCUCCGAUUGACAGAUUGGGCCUACAACCAGGCCGGAAAGAACUUCAAGAAUCAGGUCUCGGCUGUUUUCCUUGAAUAG